AACGUAUUUCUCAGUCCAUACAACGCAGAUGACAAUUGUUUGAGAACAGAAUUUUAUACUCGUUAUUCUUUUUAUCUACAAAGUUGCUCCCGGCUGCACAAUAUUCGUUUCGAAUUUCGAGUAACAAAAAUUUUUUUCAAUAUAUACGAUUGAUAUUAAAAAAACCGAGAAAACAUACCGAUUUUAUUAAAACAAUUCGUUAUCAUAUUAUCAUCCACACAAUAUCAAAGCUCUGUAAAACAAUAUUUAUUUAUUCUCUACAUCGCAUAUAAAUUACAAACUACGUUCAACGAUAUAACAUCGACAGAAGGCCUGCGGUAAAUCGCAUAUCCUCUAUAUACCGUUCGUACCACUCGCUAAUGGUUCUGCGUGAAAUGAAAAAACACAAUAAGAUUCUAUCGGGUGCAUCGAAUGCACAAUGCGACUUCCGUCAGCGCGAAGAAGAGCGUCAACGGACAACGGUAAUGCCGCUGCUGCACCACGAAAACUUUGUCAACGCGCGGAGUUGUUAACCAUGGCAACGUUAUGUCAUUGUAUUCACAGUACAAACGACUCUGCAGCGGAGGUGUAUACGGUGUCUACGGUUUUUUCCGCACGCUUCGAAUGUGUGGGGAGUCAGUCUCGCCGCGGACGAGAGAAGCACAACGACCUGCCGGCAGCUCACCGUUCCGUUUCCUUCUCGCGGUUAUAAUCGAGCAGUGAGUCACUCGCCAGACUCACCACCAGCUCACACCAGCUGCGUCGUCGCCGAGGACUACUGAGAUGCGCGCUGACGGAUAAGCCAAUAUCGCUGCCUGCAUCAGUGUUCAAUACUUCAAUCGGUUUGCGGCGAGAAGAAAGUGUUGGAUUAUCAUUGACUCAGAGGCUGCAAUAGAUAGUUGAAGAUGGCCGAGUACUGCGAGUACAUGUGGGACCCGACCCGGGGACACCCGAAUCACGCGCUCGCCAGGAGCAUCUACCAGGACCAGUCGAGGUUCAACAUACGAGACAAGAAGCUCGCCAUCAAGACUGUCAGGGCUAUUCUACGGGACAUGCCUGGUGUCGAAUUGAAAGACUGCACGGACGAAUACAUCACGCGCUUCCUGUUGGCUCGGAAGUACAGGACGGAACAGGCGGCAGCGCUGAUAGCUGCUUACCAAGCGCAAAUCGCGCACCGCCAAGACAUAUUUGGAAAUCUGACGGCCCGCGAUCCGGCGCUACAAAGAGCACUCAGAGCUGGUAUACCAGGUGUUCUGCCCGCACGUGAUAGGAAGGGCCGAUGCGUUUUGAUCAUCUUAGCUUCGCAAUGGGAUCCGAUCGCAAUUCCAGCUCUCGUGGUCCAAAGAGCUAUCUUUUUAGUUUUAGAGACCCUCAUUCAAGAUCCUAGAAAUCAGCAAUCGGGCUUCGUGGCUGUGGUGGACUGGAGCGGGUUUUCGCUGCGACAAGGAGGAGCCUUAGGGGCGGGAGCACUUCGGAAUUUGAUAUCCGCUCUUCGCGGUCGAUUUCCAGCCAGAUUCAAGGCGAUACACUUCCUCUCCGCGCCGCUCUACGUCCAGGCGACUUUGGCCCUGGUCAAGCCUUUCCUCGAUGAGAAGACGAGAAACAAGAUCUAUCUGCACGGCAACAAUCUGAGCACGCUGCACCAACACUUACCCCUCGACAUUCUACCAGCCGAGUUGGGUGGCACAGGUCCAGGCUUCAAUCCAGGUCUCUGGGCAGAGCCGGUCAUUCAUUCGGCGAUAAAAGAGGCGGAAGUGGCAAUGCAAAAUGGCCAGCAGAACGAGCAACACAUAGAAAACUCAUCGGAACAGCCUCGCAAGGGCAGCGUCGUCACAGUCGUCGAGAUGCACACGAACGGCGACGACGCGACGAGCAAACGGGAAGCCGGCGAUGGAAGCGAAAGCAGAAUUACGACGAAUGUUUCCGAUUGUAAUUCGAUAGAGAUGAAGAACAUGGCGUCACCGGACGACAUAAAUCUCGGCCAUCUGGAUGACAUGGAUUCGCCCGCAGAGAAGCUUAGCAAUUCCAGUGACUUCAAAAUCGUGCAGAGAGAAGCCGACGAGUCUAUGCACGAGUCUCACAAUACACAAAUCGAGGAAAAACGUAAUCUCAUAUCCUAAGGCAUUGGCGCAGUGCGCGCGGUCGUGUGCUAUUUGAAGAUGAAAUCGUCGAAAAGUUGCUUGUAAUUCUACCUCAGUUUUGAGUCGAUAGGUGCUCGAUCGAUCGGUUUUUUUACGCAUUGAGCAGUACACGAAUGUACCAUGACAGAGUCUACUUUCAGGUGAACUUAAAAUUCUAAUAGGAGCGCCGUGCUAUUGGUAAAAUAUACGUAAAGGAUCUUAGUAUAAAUGGAGCUGUGACGCGCGACUAUAUCGCUAUAUUAUACUACUUGUCAAUUAACGAUUUAUAAGUAUUAUCGAUUCAUCUCAAAUUUUAGAAUUUACAAAAAUCUCAUUGCAUUGCAACCAUUGUCGUAAUUUUAAGUUAGUUGAAUUUGAUUGUUUGAGUACGUCAUCAAGAUAAGUUCAGCGGAAUUACGUCUUCCGUUUGUAAGACCCAGUUUUGUGAUUGUCUCACAGGAAUGAUUUAUAUUUAUAAAAUAAAUUACUUUGCACAACAGA